GGUGGAGGCUGGAAAGGCGCAGUUCGUCACGACGAUCUUGUAGAAAACCUGGACGUGGCCACCUCCCUUUUUUUCCUCGCUCGCUCAGCCUGACCGAUAUGUCAAUUUCGAGUGCGGAUCGCUACGCGCACGAUAACGGAGCAGCAGCCGGACCGAUGUUUCGAGUCUGGAAGGUUCUCGACGCUUUCCCCCUGCGAGGCGACGCAAAAGCUUCAUUUGUGACCGGGCCCCCGACUCCGGCGCACAGAUAUGGGGUAGCAGCCUCUGCCGGAGGACAGCGAACUUCCUCUCCAAACACUGUCACCUUCACCUUCGAUCUCAGAAAGGACUGCUCAAGCGGUGCUACAAAGUAUUCCGAGCCCGGAGGUCCUGACGAGCUGAUAUACCGCCCGAUCACUGAUACAUUUUAUUGGGAGAAUGUAAAUACCUUCUACGGUCAGAUGGCGGCAGCAGCGUAUUUCCACCGCGACAUUUAUAAUCGGGUCUUCAUCAUCAUCUGGAUGAUCAUGUGGAUCCUCAGUGUUUUGGUGACGGCUCCCAUACGAGCGGAAUGGGUUGGCUUCUCGCUGUAUUCUCUGGCGACCUUCAAACGAGCAUAUCACAUCGGCAUGGGUGUCUUCGCUGCGCUAGCGAUAGGCACGCUAGCUAUCGAUUGGGCCACAUAUGCAGCGGUACCCUCCCUCAUGAACACAAGACUACUAUCGUCCAUCAGCUCGGGUGUCAUCUACUCGACCAUCGUCGUACGACUACGCGGUUUCGAUGCGAUAGCGUGGGUCACAUCGAUGACGGCGAUAGCUAUCGAUCUGUAUACGAAAGAGCUGCCCACGACUUCUUUCGAGGUCUUUCUAUGUGUACACGCACUCACCGAGGCAGCCUACUGCUUCUUGUGCAUGUUUGUGGAAAGCAUGGCCGAGUUUCGCCACGUGUCAAGCACGUACGUGGACAAAGUGGGAGGGGAUCUGCGGCGGUGGGGAAAGAUCAAGAAGAAAGUUCUAAUGACGCGGAGGAAUCAACUGCUUUCGAAUGCGUAUUCGGCAUCGCGGAGACGGAAACUAUCAAAGUCUUCAACGUCUGGACCUCCGCCUGGAAUGUUGACGCUAGAUGAAAAGAAGGUUUUCUACUACAGUAACCACCUAGAAACAUUAGAUCGAUUUGAUUUAUGUCUGUUGAAAACUACGGCCCAUACGGUCAAGCUGUGCUGGAUAUUACCGCAGAGCUUGAUAGUGACGCUGAGCUCACUGGAGACCAUGACAUCCGUGCUGGAAGGGAAAAGAGGCUCUGUGUCAUCUUCGAACGACACUGCAAUAUCGCCGGCGGAUGGAAAGAGGAAGGGUGCUCUUUCAUCGCCGAACGACACGAUAUCAUCUCAGAUGGACGGGAAAAGGAAAGGCAUUGUUUUGUCAUCAAACGAAACGAUAAUAAUACCCGCGGAAGGAGGGGGCACAGCCUCACUGGUGGGAACGACAGUCGAGCCAGCAAAUACUCGCCUUCCGCAAAACGUACCUCCGCAAGCCGGCAGUUUCAAUCUUUCGGCGAAGGAUGUGGAUGUGAUGGUCGACGCCGCAAGCUGGCAGGAAAAAGCUUGGGUCAUUUCCGAUUUGGCUCAGGGGCACGUCACCGUUUUUGGAUUGGAUGCAGAUCGGCAAUAUGAGAUUGUGUUGAUCAUUCGCGGUUAUCGAUCUGCACCGUUGAGAAUACGAACACUAGAGUCUGCACGGGUGAUGGACUCGAACCAGUCAUUUCUCACAAAUCGCGCCGCUACGGGCGCGAUCGAUACCAAUACGAACGACAGGGAGUUGGAAAAUGAACACCGAUUGCGGCUGAAGCUGGAGAGAAUAUCAGCACUGAAGCGGUCCAUAGAGGAUUCCGUGUCGGAAACGAAGCAGGAUGAGAUUGCUAUACGGAAAGAGCGGAAGGAGCUUUUUCAAAUGAAAGAGGCCGCGAAAGCGGAUCUCGAUACAGCUCGGAAAGUCCAUAACAAAGAAGCAUCGAUCGAGACGAAGUUCGCGCACAGAUUCACGCAGAUCAUUCAGUCUGUGGAGCAAGAGCAGGCGAGGUCGGACAGCCUACAGGCCGAUUAUGAGGCCAUGCUUGAAGAUACCACUCGGUCCGAGGCAGAGCUCACUAAUAUAACCUCGGAUCUGAAGCGAAUAGAGUCUGCGUUGGCGGACACUCCUCUGAAGUCGCAAUCGCAGCAGGUGCCGAAGAAGGCACCCGAUAUGACCGAAGAAUCUGUCUCCAACCAAGUCACCCCUGUAGAACGUUCACAUCACGAAGUCGUCGCGGCAAAGCUGGAACGCAAGGCAAACGAAUUGCGCGAGACUAUAGAGCAAAUGGAUCGAGAGAUUGAGGAUGCGCGUGAAGCCUUGGAGUCUCUGAAACUGAGCGUAGGCGAGAGUAGAAGCCGCCUGGAUACCGCUCAGCGUGAAGCAACCGAAAAGUACGCCGUCCUUAAAGACGUCGAUCUGGCCGCGGAGGACAACGAAGAGAUCAUCCACACGCUGAUGGAUCGCGCGGCAUCACUCUCGCAAACCCUCGAAACCGAACGUGCAUUUCGUCGACGAUUGAAAGCCGAACUGGAGCAUAAUGUGCCUGUAGCCGCGGAGGCUGUAGAAACAGGCGUGCAAGCGUUACCCGAGCAGCGGGUGGACGCCCAUAGGUCCACCCCGACCUUGAAGUACGAUUUUGAGGCAGACAGCAACGACUUUUCCAUGUUUGCGAGGCACGGAUGGACGGCAGCCGUCGCCGAACCAGACCGUCUUCGUCCGGAAGGGGAGGCAUCUCGGCCACAUCACAAUGGUGUUGAAGCUGCGUUUGUCGUACCGGAUAUGCGUCAAUCCUUUCCCCCGCCUGGCUUGACGACUUUUCCCCCAACUGCUCAAGGCUUCGCAAUGUUCAGAAGAAGCGAUUCGGCAUUGGGAGCGGUUGGGGAUGCACGCGUCAGACCUCGCUAUCGACCUCGGAGCGGGGUCGAUCUGUUGGACCCGGAUAGCGCAAAAUGGCGACACGUUGGUGAUACGCUUAACUACUUGGGGUUAGAUUAGGUGCAUAUGAGCAGGAAUCGGUUGUUCAACACCUGACAUCUGACAUCCUUGGAGCGGCAUAGAUGUCUGUCAUAGUGGGCUGGCCCAUGUCACUUUCAACAAUAGUAAAAUGCUGAUCGUCCAGCAUCGAAAUCAAAUCAAUGCGAGCGCG